CAAGAACAGUGAUAUCGAACUCCAAAGUGAAGUAAGUGAAAAAAAUAUGACUUGGCAAUUUUCCAUUUCAACUAUCCGAACACGCAAAUGUGGAGUCGAAAUAUUCAAAAUACUUCACUGUGCUCUCAUUCUACUCCUUAUUGGUCUGUGGACGAACGAAUGCCAAGCUGAAUAUUUCUCAUCAACUGAUAGCGUACAAGUUCUGGCUGUGGCCGAGAAGGACUUGCUCCAAUGGUAUCAAGAUUUCAUAGCAGCUCAGAGAGCGGAUUUUUCACUCUAUCGCAAUUUCAUAAAACAAAUCAAGGAAGAGCAUGAAGUGGCUACGGAGGAUCCGGAAUCGUUCUUUGGCAACCCCAUAAAUGCAUUCAAGUUAAUCAAACGGACUGUUGUCGAUUGGGCGCGAAUAACGGGAUAUAUACAAAACCAUCCACGCCUGCAAGCACUGAAUGCCAAUCUCUCGGAGUUGUCAGAGGAUGUGAGUUUUCCAGGUACCGACGAGUUGCGUGGUGCCGCAAAGGGCUUGGGACGCUUACAAACCAUGUAUAAUCUGAGCUCAAUUGAUUUAGCAGACGGUGUCAUCAACGACAUAAAUUAUGGCUCCGAACUCUCCAUUCGCGAAUGUUUUGAAAUUGGCUGUAAUCUUUUCGAAGCCAAGGAGUUCCCUUUAGCCCUUAGCUGGUUACAAUUGGUGUUAAAGUUUUUGAGCUUUCAAGGAGCUUCAAACGAUACGUCAACAAAUGAUUUAGAAAGCGGUGUACUUCUUGAAGAAGACAAAAUAUUACAAGGAAACGGCAUAGAUGAAGGAGAAGUAGUAGCAAAACAAUUGGACCACGAGGGAGAUGAUGAAAAUGAGUACAACUAUGCAAACGAGGAUCAGGAUGAGGACGGCUACUAUGAUGAAGAGCUUGACGUAGACCAUUAUUACGACGAAGAAGAUCUCAUUUAUGAAAAACGUUAUGGAGUAUUCGCACCAUUGGUGCUGUACGACAUAGACGAAUUUGAAAGUAACUUAGCUAUUCAAGAAGAGUUAGAUGAUACAUUUGAAAGCAGCGGACUUGCAAAUAACGCCGACAUGGACUUCGACAGCGCUGUUACGGAUGAUGAAAAUAGCGGCAUAAAUUUCGCGGAGAACUCUAGCUCCAAUAACUUAACACGCGAAAACGAUCCAGCUGUUCAGAAAAUUCUACUAGAAACACUAGAAUACUUGGCACUCGCUAGCUAUGAGCUGGGGCAACAGGAAGCAGUAAGCGCCUACAUUGAUGAAAUACUCAAGCUAAGUCCGGAACAUGUUUUCAAAGAUCUUGAAAUUUAUAUGAAGCACAAAAAAGCUUUAAACCUAAAAUAUUCGGACAAUUUAAGUGAUUUACAGAGAAACCAUUGGUACUCUAACUACACACGCCUCUGUCAGGGUAAACGAGUUCCCCAGAGAGAACUUCGCAAACUCAAAUGCACUUUGGACACACAGAAUCAACCGUUAUUUGUACUUGCGCCACUACGAAAGGAAAUAUUGCACACAGAUCCCGAAAUUGUAAUGUACCACGGACUGUUGACCGACACACAUAUCGACGAUAUACUUGACGAAGCCGAAAAUGGUAUGCAACGUUCGCGUGUUGGAGGCUUAACAGCGAGUUUGGUACGUGAUGUACGCGUUAGCCAGCAAGCAUGGCUACCUUAUAAUAGCACAACUAUGAAAUAUAUCUAUCGCACUGUAUCGGCUAUCAGUGGGCUCGAUUUGACUAACGCCGAAACAAUGCAAGUGGCCAAUUACGGCAUCGGUGGGCAGUAUGACCCACACUACGAUUAUUUUGUGCGCGAGGAUCCGAACUCACAGUGGAUCGGAAACCGUAUAGCGACCCACUUAUUCUUUACUUCGGACGUAGAGCAGGGCGGCUACACAGUGUUUCCCUAUCUAAAUGUUUAUGCGAAACCAGUCAAAGGUUCAAUGAUAAUGUGGUAUAACCUGCACAGAUCCCUAGACCGUGAUCUGCGUACUUUACAUGCCGGCUGUCCUGUCAUCAAAGGAACCAAACGAAUAUGCAACGUCUGGGUGCAUUCUGGCUACCAGGAGUUUAGGCGUCCCUGUGAUGUGGUACGUGACAACUACAAAUCGUCUCAUUUGGGUGCAUUCUGGCUACCAGGAGUUUAGGCGUCCCUGUGAUGUGGUACGUGACAACUACAAAUCGUCUCAUUUUGGUGCAUAAAAAAAAAACAAAACAUUUUUAAAUGUAGUUAUUUUUAAG